AUGUCAAUUUGUCGCGGAUCUACAUACAUCUACAGGACAACCAGGAUCACCACCGCUGCGCAGUCAGCAGUACCGAGAGCACCAGUAGCCUGGAAGAUUUCCUGUCCUCCGGUCAUCGCGACGUUCACGACAUCAUCCAGGCAUCGCUCGGACCCACCAAAGUCAUCAAUAGCCAAAGAAACUGAGCGACACAACCGAGAGCUCCAACAACAAACAGCAUCCAACGGAGACGACGCCAACAUGUCCAAAAUGGGCUACACCGACAAAAUGUCGGAAAAGAGCAAAAAAGGGCCCUCAAUCCCACGCCCAUCGGCCAGCGUCCUCCUCAUCUCGCCACAAAACCAAGUCCUCCUCCUCCAACGCGUAAAGCAAUCCUCAUCCUUCGCCUCAGCACACGUAUUCCCGGGUGGGAACAUCUCUGAAUUCCACGAUGGCCGCUGCCCGGAACCGGAGCAUCCGGACAGACAUGUUGACAGUGAUGUCUACCGCAUGGCGGCGAUUCGCGAGACGUUUGAGGAAUCGGGGAUUGUGUUGGCGCGGAAUAAUGGGUUUGGACGAUUGAUCGAGGUGCCGGAGAAGGAGAGGGAAGAGGGGAGGAGGCUUGUGCAUGGGAGUGAGGUGCCGUUUAGUCAGUGGUUGAGUAAACAUGGUGGGCGCGCGGAUUUGGAGGGGUUGACGCCGUUUACGAGGUGGGUUACGCCGACUAAUGUGCCGAAGAGGUUCACGACGCAGAUGUAUCUUUACUUCCUGCCUACGCUGGGUGGGACGAAGCUUGCUGAGGGUGAUGAUGGGAAAGAUGGGGAGGAAGUCGAUAUUCCGAGUCCGACGACGGAUGGAGGGAAGGAACAUACGACUGCGAGGUUUUUGCCGGCGAGUGCGUGGUUGAGGCUGGCGCAGGAGGGGAGAAUCAUUUUGUUCCCGCCGCAGUUCUUUUUGUUGCAUCAGGUUGCGCAGCAUCUUGAUACGCUGAAGUCGCCGACGGAUUAUGGGAGUAUUUCGAGGGAGGCAGUGCCGAGGGAAGAACUUGAGGCGAGAAGGAAAGGGUUGCUAGAGUUUGUGAAGCAGGGAAGCCCGCCUUGGACGGAUAUGUGCAUUUCACCUACUGUGCUGCCGGCGAGGGAUGGGAAGAAGCGGGAGGAUGGAAGGUCUGUGCUGGGGUUGAGUCGACCUGGACCUGAGCUAGAGAAGCAGAGGCCUGGACCGACUGGACCUACUGAUCAGUGUGUGGUUAUUGGCUUCCGGAAGGAGGGACCUAGACAGGUUGCUGUUGUCUCGAGGGAGGAUGCAUUGGCUGGUGGCGCGAAGUUGUAG